AAAUAAACCUAUUGAGCAAAUUACUGAUUCAGUAAAUGAAUCUUUAUCCACUUCUAUCUGUAGUGCAACUGUUCGUAAUUAUCUUCAUGAAGAAGGUUAUCAAGAACUUCUUAGAGAUAAUCUAUUACCCUUUCUUGAUGGACUGGGGGAUGGUUCUUUUACAUUUCAGGAUGACAAUGCUCCUGUUCAUACAGCUGGUGUA